AUGGUUACUGCUGCUGACCGGGUUUGUCGCUCUAGCAUAUAUGAAGCGCAGUUAAAAAUAGUGCAAGAUGUUGUUGCCGGCUUAAGGGAGGAACUCCGUGAUUUAGAGGCGGAGCGUCGAGUACUAUCUGAGCAAAAUUGCAUUGUGGCCUGCGAGAAGGCCGCUUUGGAAGAUCAUGUGGCUACUUUGGAAGGCCAAGCGGAGUGCCUCAAAAAUCAAGUGAGUUCUCUCCCUCGAGAGAAGGGUGCUCUAGCGAGCGAGUUGGCCAGGCGUCAACGCCAACUGACCCGUACCUGA